AUGUUCUGGACCACCCUCCUGGCCCUCUUCGCGGGCGCCGAAGCCUUACCCCAAGGUUUCGGCGGCGGCAACCGCGUGACCAUGCUCCGCUUCGGGUGCGCGCAGGUGGUCAUCGACCGCGUCGACCCGCUCGUCAACCCGGGCCAGAUCCCGUCCCCGCACGUGCACCAGAUCGUGGGCGGCAACGGGUUCAACGUGUCGAUGCCGCACACGGACGUUUCCGAGCUCGCGUCAUGCACCACCUGCCAGUUCUCCGAGGACUUCUCGAACUACUGGACCGCCAACCUGUACUUCAAGGCACGCAAUGGGACCUACAAACGCGUGCCGCAGGGCGGCGCAGCGCUGCAGUUCAGCGACCAGUUUAGCACCCAGAUUAACGGCGGCGUGUUAGUGUAUUAUGUGUCGGCUGAUCCGGGGAAGGUUACGGCUUUUAAGCCGGGAUUCCGCAUGCUCGUCGGCGACCCCAACAUGCGCUCGAGGCCCAACACCAAGUUGAAGAGACAAAACUGUUACCGCUGCUACACCGGCCCCAACUUUGGCGGCGACACGGGCGCUCCGUGCCAGGACGACAAGGUGGACACCGAGGCUCUUCCCAACAAGCCCUGCCCGGGCGGUAUCCGAUCCAACAUCCACUUCCCAACAUGCUGGGACGGCAAAAACCUCGACUCCCCCAACCACCAAGACCACGUCGCCUACCCGACCUCCGGCCCCGCCACCUUCCUCAGCCUCGGCGGCUCCUGCCCCUCCACGCACCCCGUCCGCAUCCCGCAGCUCAUGUACGAGGUCGUCUGGGACACCAUCAAGUUCAACAACAAGGCCGAGUGGCCGGCCGACGGAUCGCAGCCGUUCGUGCUCAGCACCGGCGACCCCACGGGGCUGGGCCAGCACGCCGAUUACGUUUUCGGGUGGAAGGGCGAUUCCCUCCAGAAGGCCAUGGAUACAGCGGGUUGCAUGGGCGCCAAGUGCGCUACGCUCAAGACGCAGAAGAUUGAGGAUGCGAGGAAGUGCGCGGUUAGGAAGUUGGCCAAGGAGGAUUAUGAUGGGUGGCUUACGAAGCUUCCUGGUAUGGAUAUGCCGAUGUAA